CCCGGACUGCAUAACGACUUCGGAGGCCGUGGUUUAGUUGUGCGCUGCAAUCGGCUGCGGUGUGCUUCCUCGGGCGACGCCACGUUGGUGGAUGAGGCAGAGAACUGGCGGGACUUGGCAGGAUUUGCGGGUGUGCGAUGACGCGACGGACGACUACUUCCGGGAAAAGCUCCGCAUGUCCAGGAGAAUGUUCAUGGAGAUCACCGAAGGCUGUGCGCCUCAUUUGCAACGACAGGUCACGUUUUACAGGGAGCCACUUCAGCCGGAGCAGAUCGUCGCCUACGCGCUGUAUAGGUGGGCAACAGGAGAGUCAUACGACAAUAGCACAUCAUCGUUCCGCAUGGGCAGGGGAUCCGGAGUUCGAGCCAUGCGCGAUGUGACAACUGCUAUGUUGAGGGUGUACGGGGACAAGAUAUCGUGGGCGACGGGGGUGCGGAAACACGUGGUGCUAGGGGCGUUUCUGGACAAGGGCUUUUCCAACAGCCAUGGCGCAGUUGACUGCACACACAUCUACGUGGGCAAACCGGCGAACGCGCCGAGCGAGAACUACUUCGACCGCAAGCACUGUUUCUCCGUCAUUGCGCAGGUGGUAGUGGACCUGGAUCUGCGCGUGCUUGACGUGUUCGUUGGCUAUCCGGGCAGCUGCCACGACAUUUGGGUGAUCCAUCUGUCAAGUCUGUCGAGGCACGCGGAAGAGGGAACGAUGUUUCGUGGACCGCCUGUCAUGCUGCCGGGAGGUGUGAGGACGAACGGAUACAUUUUGGGCGACAACGGGUAUCCUCCUUCUGAAUGGACAGUGGUGCCAUACGAAGGAAUCAAUCAGCACCCAGACGAGGAAAGUUUUGACACGAAAGAGAAGGUCGCAAGAGGGGCUGUGGAGAGGGCGUUCGGGAGGUUGAAGGGGAUGUGGAGGCUCUCUCUGCGGUCGCACAAGACGAACCUCUCUACCGCAGCAGUUCACGGUCGUCUACAUUCUCCACAACAUCCUGCUCGAUGCGGGUAUCGAGUUUGACGAGAAUUUGUUGCGGGAGGUCGACGAGAAGGGGGUAAACGCCGAGUGGACCUGGGGAUUGAUCGUCCCCCGCAGCCAGUGACGAUGUUGACUUCGACGCACGCCACACACACGCUCCGCAAUGCGCUGGCGAAGCGAAUGAAACACAUGUGAUCCU